UGUAGAUUUGUUUUGGUUGUGAAAUUCUCGAAUUGUUAAGUUUUCCAUGAAUACUGAGGAGAAAGAAGACCUAUUUGAUGACUCCUUUGACGAGGAACUCCUUAAGGUGGAGGCUCCUUCAGAGCCGAAGCAGAUGAGGCUGAGUCAAGAGGCUGGACCGUCAACUUCGCACGCUCCACCGGCGCCGAUGCAAAAGGUUGAGGUCAAGACAGCUUCUGUGACCAAAAGCCACUGCAUCCUGGUGCAUCCGAAGCAGAGAGGGAAUCCCCUGCUCAGGAGUGUGGUCAACGUGCCCUGGGAGUACGAUGACAUUGUUCCGGACUACAUUGUGGGACGAACUUCAUGCGUCCUGUUCUUGUCCCUGAAAUAUCACAACCUCAACCCGGAUUAUAUCCACGGGAGGAUCAAGAAACUGGGGAAUAUGUUCCAACUCAGAGUCCUUCUGGCGCAAGUUGAUCUCAAGGAACCUCACAGUGCUCUUAAGAACAUCACUAGAGUCUGUCUGCUCACAGAUCUCACCCUUAUGCUAGCAUGGUCGCCGGAGGAGGCCGGGAAGAUCAUCGAAUCUUAUAAGAUGUACGAGAAUCGCUCGUCAGAUUGGAUAAAAGAGCGUCCAGCAGAGGAUUCCCACACUAAGCUGUUGACUGCCCUCAGUAGCAUAAAGUGCAUCAACAAGACCGACUCGAUGACCCUGCUGCACAAUUACGGCACCCUGGAGAAUAUUAUGAGGAGCUCUGAGGAGCGCUUGGGCAGCUGUCCGGGACUCGGGCCGCGCAAGGCGAAGAAACUCUACAAAUUAUUCCAUGAACCCUUCUGCAAUUGAUUAUCCAUCGUGACAGUGUUAAUAAAUGAUCCCUGCAGAUGU